AUGGCAGUGUGCAUCAUGGUGAUUGUGAAGGAGAAUUAUCCUUUCUACGUCCGCAGCAUCCCCGUGGAGAAUGAACUCAAGUUCCACUCCGUGGUGCACACAUCCCUGGACCUGGUGGACGAGAAGAUCUCCGCCAUGGGGAAGGCUCUGGUGGACCAGCGGGGGCUCUGCCCGGGUCUGCUGUACCCAACAGAGGACUACAAGGUAUACGGCUACGUGACCAACUCCAAGGUGAAGUUUGUCACGCUGGUGGACUCCUCAAACACGGCCCAUAGAGACAACGAAAUCUGCAGCAUGUUCUGGAAGCUGCAUAACUCCUACACAGAUGUGACAUGUAACCCCUUCCCCAACCCUGGGGACCGCAUCCGGCCGAGGGUCUUUGACAACAUGGUGACAUCGCUGAUGACUCAGGUGUGCUGA